AUAGUACCGCACACACGAGUCUGUCUGCUCCAGGGAUUAUCUAACUGGUUUUGAAUUUGAUUUGGAAAUGCAGGCAUGAGGAGGAAUAGAUUUUUAAGAGUCCAGAUGCGAGUACAGGCCAGCGAUGGACUACAGCCAUACAGAUGCUAAGCUGGGUUUCCCUGCAGAACUAUAAUCAUAAUCGAGACCAGGUCCACAGAAUGCUGAGUCCUAUUGUCCCCUAUAGCUUGUUGAAGAUGCACUGGAACCCGGAGCAUGCCCAGCCCCUGAGCCAGUGGCCUGAGCAGCAUUUGGACGUGUCCUCCACCACUUCAUCCCCUGCCCACAAGUCUGAGCUGUACCCCAGCCGCAGCCGUGGCUCCAACAGCUAUGCUUGGGCCAAUGACGACAUCUCAGCCCUUACAGCCUCCAACCUGCUAAAACGCUAUGCUGAGAAAUAUUCAGGCAUGCUAGACUCACCGUAUGAGCGCCCUGCUAUGGGCGCAUACCCUGAGCCGGGGGUAUUCGGGGCCCUCAAUGUAGGCCAGAAAAGUGAACUUGAACCUUGGCCUCUCACUCACAGCACUGAUGGGCCAUACCCAUUAGUGCUUGCUUCCUCACAUGAUGGUCUGACGGGACCAAAGGUGGUACCCACAUCAGCAGGCCCACCAGGCUCAGGCAGUGUGUCAGCAGUUAACAGCAACAUUUCGGACUCAGGCUACAGUGGGAGCAGCUCCUGCAGUGGUCCCCAUUCCAGUGACUACCCCCCCAGUUACAACGGCACCUACAUCUCAUCAGGAUACUGUCCCCAACCCAGCUCAGCACUUCCACCAGCCUCGCUACAUGCCCUCCAGUCUAACCCCACACUUCUCCCCAGUUAUACGCCUUCGGCCCCUGUGUACAACUACCCCCCUAGCACCUACCCACAUCAAGCUAGCCUUGCUCCCAGCUACUCCCACCAACCAGCCCCUUACAUCCCCUCUGCCAUAGCCGCCCCUUCUCCACUUCCUUCAAGACCCACGGUGGUUGGAGGCAGCUAUGGUUAUCAGAACAGCAGUCUAGGGGGCUCAGAUCCUGGGGGCUCUCUGAAAAGGAAAGCAUUUGAGAUGAACCUGGAAGAGGAAGAUGGAGAGAGCUCACGCUAUAGGAAAUAUAGCUAUGACCCAAUGAAAGAUGGGGGAGAUUCUCCUUAUGGUGUCACUGAUAAAGCAGAGUGCCGCGGGAAUAGCUUUGGAACAGCCAGCACGGAUCCUCAAGCCUUUAAACCCAGCAAACCUUCAUCCCAGUCUAGUCUAGAAGGAGAUGAAGUGGGAAAGUACAGUGGACUAAAGCCAUUGAUUUCACCACCAUAUGGAGCGGCAGGGGACUACAGCCCUCCAGCAGCCAUGACUGGUGAGAAUGGAGGUGGAGAACAGGCCUUCUCCCAGCAAUGUUCUCAGAAGCGCUCAGAUCCCCUGAAAAACAUGGAGCCCCGGAUGAUGGAGCUGGUAAGAAGGGAGCUGCAGGAUUGCAGCCCAGCUGUACUUUGGAAUGAACUGGCUGGUUAUUGUCACAUCAAAGCUGCACUUGAAGAGGACCUCAUGUGGCCUGUUCUGCGGUCCAACCCUGCCAUCGGCCCACCCAGAACCAUCCUGCUGUUCGGCCCACAAGGAGGGGGCAAAACCAAACUGGUGCGGUCCAUGGCAUCUCAACUGGGUGCCACCUUCUACAGGCUAAGUGGUGUUACAUUGGCCUCUAAAUUGAAGGGAGAGGCAGAGCAACUCUUGGUCACCCUGUUCUCAGUGGCCCGACAGCCUGCAGUGGUUUUGCUGAGCGAGGUGGAGUCCAUCGAGGAGGAAGGGCUUAGACAGCAACUGCAGGCCCAGUUAGAGAAGACCCAGCAUGGUCAGACCAACCUGGUUCUGGUGGUAUGCACCACAAGACGGCCUGACUUGAUCAAAGAUUCCCUUCUGCGCUGCUUCUCCAAGCGCUACCACGUAGGCCUGCCAGAUGGGAGCACACGCAGACAGGUCCUUCUGCAGGCGCUGGCGCCCCAAGGCUGCAGUCUAAGUGAAAGGGAGAUGGCAGCAGUGCUGCAACGUUCAGAAGGCUUCUCUAUCUGGGAGCUGCUGCAGCUGUGCCAGCAGGCCCUGGCAUCAGCUUCUGCCUCUACACCCGUGCCUCUGCAUGGCCUCCCUGCCCCCCUGUCCUCCCCUGCCUUUCAAGACUUUGAAAAUGCUUUCUGUAAGGUACGCCCACAAAGCACCCCCAAAGAACUGGACACUUGUAUGGAGUGGAGCAAAGUUUAUAGCCGCUGAGAAACUAGUCAGCCACUGCUGAAUGUUGUUUUUUUUUUUGUUGUUUUUUUUUUACUACAUGUUGCAGCCAAAACAGUGCGAUAUGUUGAGACAUUACUGUGGAGUGGUGGGGAGGCAUUUUGGAUUUAAUGCAUUUAAUCUAGGAAACAUGCCAUGGUGUGUUGUUUUUCUAUAAAUAUACAUAUACUUUAUUUUUCCCUAAGAAAUUAAAUAUUAGGCCUUUCUUGAAGGGGCAUUUAUUAGUUGCUUGGCUUAUCUGAUAGAGAGUUUGAAUUAUAUUUUGGAAUUUCGCUAGAAUUCCAAUUAACCUUGAUCCUGGACUAAACCUGGAGGUUAUAGAUAACUUGGUUUUGUUUUUCUAAAUAUACCCCCAUUAGUUGCAACUCUCAGGAUCCUAUUUAUUGCCAGUUCACUCCAGUGGUGUUGUAUCUUUUGCAUUGAUUUACUUAAAAUAUUUUUAAAGUGCUUAUGAUGUAUCAAAACUUAAGAAAAUCAAAUGCUCACCAACAUUAUAUUGCCCAAGUCACAGCAUUCACCAAAAGGUAUCUACUGUUAUGCAACCUCUUAGAAAAGAAAGUGGCAGUAUUUUACAAAGUUAAUUGGUAGACCAUGGUCAUAUAUUGUGCACUUUUUUAAAAAUUGUCAUUUUACCAAAAGAGUAUGCAUUGCUACCCAAAUGGUAUUAAAAUCCAUAGGAAGUCAGACAAGAAAGAGACAGGCUAUUACUGUUGACACACUUCUUUCAGAACAUUGUAUAAAACAGUGCUCUAAAGGUAUUAUGCAUCAUAUUUCAACAUCUUUUGCCACAUAUUUUUCCAUACAAAAUGAUAUGUAAACAUCCACUCACAUUCCUGACAAUAUGAUUUUCUGGCGCCUUUACUCAGGACCCUCAAACACAAAAACAAGCACGGGUCCACGAAUGACUGUUUUCUCUCAUCUGCUUUACUCAGUUUUAUUUUAUCUUACUAUAUGUAGUCUUGUUUGAAAUACUCAGGAAGAAUUUCUUUACCUCAGAAAUGAUAAAUAAAGAAUGUAUGUAAUCUUAGGGUCUUAGUAGUAAGUAUUGAGGUUGGAGGUGAGCAACAGACCUGUAAACACACUGCAUCUGUGCUAUUACCUCGUAGGUGAAACUUGAAAAUGCUACAAAGACAAACAAUGAAUGUAAUGCAGGUAUUUCAGAGGAAAUCUGAUGCCAUAAAUCCAUGUUUUUAACUCUCUAUGAAAACAUUUUCUCUUAUCCUUACCCUUUAUUUUUUAUGUAGAUUUUGAUGGAGUGAUGAUUGUCUUCAUGAAGUGUUAUUGUAGAUGGCAGACCACGUUUGAUUUUGUUGGACAAACUGUUCAAACCCUCCUAUAGGUACGAAGAAUAUUUUGAUAUGCACAGACUUUUGGAAUUCACCAUACUGUAUGGACAUGUGCAUCAUUUUACAUUUAUGAAAGUAUAUAACCAUCUCUUUUAUAAAUUAACCCAAGUACAGUAUUCUAAGAUGAAAAGUUAAAUAAUCCAAAGAUUGAGAAUCAGAAUGUUUUUAUGUAACUGGCAGCUAAUCAUGUCUAAUCAUAAAUUUUACCGAAAGUGUUAUACCAUCAAUUGCAAAUUGUUAACACACUCAUCAUACAGACAAUCCAGAUGGAACAGCCUUUAACAGUGUUUUAAAUCUUCAGCUUUUUUGUCAGUAAGGUUCCAAAAUGGAACUCACAAAUUUAGCUGUAUUUCACCAUGGAGUGAUCAACACCUCAAUAUCCUAAAAUGUGUUGGCCAUUUAAAGUUUAAAUACAGAAUAUACAGUAUAUUGGCUAAUUACUGCUCGCCCCUUUUCCUCCAGCCUACCCCUUGCUCUCAGCACAAUGGUUUGUACCCUUGGUUGCUGGCCCUGCGGUGAGCUGAGCUCCCAUCCCCCGCUCCUCUAUCUCACCAUAGCCCUGUAGAGAAGCCAUAUUCUGAUUGAUGUCCAGUAACCCUAUAGCACUGUUCAACUCUUCAAGUACAGCUGGUGGCUUCACUCAUGCCACUCAGGUCAAUCAGAAUGACCCCAGGAACACAUAUUGAUCUCUGGCGAAGAGGCGGAAAACUACAGAACCUAGCAGACUCAGGGACAUCCAGAGCACACAAAACACGUAGCGUAUCAAAAUGCAGCAGGAAUUCCUCCUCACCCAAACUGAGAACAGAUUUGAUAACAUGUUACUGGUUUUAUAAAAAAAUAAAGGGAAAAGCUGAUUCUGCCUAUUUUCACACAUGAACGCAAAGAUACUGGGUAGUUUAACAGUUUGUCCAACAAAUUGACAUUAAUUAGCUGUUUUGAAUCUAUUAGUACAGUAACUUUGUUCUUGGAUCUUGUUCUUGUUACAUUAUCUGUAACCAUUUCUACCUCAU